GAACUCGCGCAACUCAUCUCCACUCUCAUUUCUCCUCUGCUCAUCAGCCCUAGCCCUGAAACUGUGUUCCCCUCUCAGUUUCUUCUGAGUUAGAAGCGGCAUUGCUCGAUUGUUCGUGAGGGAAAGAGGCUGAACCAAGAUCAGCGGGGAACCCUCGAAAUUUCUCCCUAUCAUUAUCCUCUGCACGUCAGCUUUGGCUCUGAAACUGAUUUCCCCUCUCAGUUUCUUCCGAGUUAGAAGCAGCAUCGCAACCGUUAGUGUGGGAAACAGGCCGAACCAAAAUUAGCAGGGAAGCGUAGAAAACAUUGCUGGCCAAGAGGAUGCGUACCAAGAGGUUGCCUACUAAGUUGCUACCUAAAAAAUUGAAGGUGAAGCAGUAUAUUCAUCCAUAUUCACCUUCAGUUCUUUAGGUAGCGUCUUGGUAAGCAACCUUCACAAAGCACACUUUUUUCUAUACCAUUUUCAACAUCUCCUCGAGAGACCUCCUCACAAAUUCCAGAGUGUGAGCAAAAGCAACCAUGUCUUUGAAAAAUCAUGACUACACAGAAACAGGAAAUAUUGGCAACCAAGAGGAUGCCUACCAAGAGACCGUUUGAAGAAUCGAAGGUGAAUGUGGGUGAAUAUUCUACUCUACUCGCUAAGAAACUGAGAACACAUUUCAACCCCAAUUCAUCAGUUUGUAAUGCUAGGAAAGAAAACUACAAGAUGAUUUCAGGAUCAUUUUACAUACCUAAAGACAACCCCUCAAAACCUUAUGGAGAAGAUGCUCACUUCAUUUGUGCUGAGGAGCAGACCAUUGGUGUGGCAGAUGGUGUUGGGGGUUGGGCCAAGAGAGGUAUAGAUGCGGGCGAGUAUGCUAGACAGCUCAUGAAGAACUCUGCUAUUGCAGUAAUUUUUAAUGAGCCGACAGGCAACAUCGAUCCAAAAAGAGUUCUAAAUCAAGCUUACGCAAGUACCAAGGCUGAAGGAUCAUCCACUGGUUGCAUAAUUGCCCUUAAAGGCAAAUGUAUACAUGCUGCAAACGUGGGAGAUAGUGGAUUUAUGGUCUUCAGAAAGGGUGAAAUGAUAUUCAAAUCACGAGCAAUGCAACGUGGUUUCAACCGCCCAUACCAGCUCGGAAAUGGAAAAGGAUGUGAUCGUCCAAGUGAUGCUGAGGAGCUGGUAGUAGCAGUAGAACCAGGAGAUGUCAUUGUUACUGCAACAGAUGGAUUGCUUGACAACAUGCUCCAAACGGAGAUGGAAUAUAUCAUAAAGCACUCUGGAGAAAAGGAAGGGCCUCAGCAACUGGCAUGGACUUUGGUGGCCGUUGCAUUUUACAAUUCGACAGACAAAAAUGCAGAUACACCCUUUGCAAGAGCUUCCAAGCAUGCAGGACACAACCAUAAAGGAGGCAAAAUUGAUGAUAUAACAGCUGUCGUGUCCUAUGUUUUUAGUGAGUUAGAUUGACGUGGUUCAAUAAAUUCUUGUCUUAGAGUCGAUAGUAGGGAUAGAAGUAUGUGUUUUACAAUUGGCAUGGACUUUGGUGGCCGUCGCAUUUUACAAUUCAACAGACAAAAAUGCAGAUAUGCCCUUCGCAAGAGCUUCCAAGCAUGCAGGACACAACCAUAAAUGAGGCAAAAUUGAUGAUAUAACAGCUUUCGUGUCCUAUGUUUUAAGUGAGUUAGAUUGACAUGGUUCAAUAAAUUCUUGUCUUAAGAGUUGAUAGUAGGGAUAGAAGUAUGUGUUUGUUCUAGUAUGCAAAGUUUCAAUUCUAAGCUGUGCAAAUACAUUUUCUCUCGUUGUUAUAUGGCAAAGUUAUCACAGC